AUGUUUGUGAAGAAGCGAGACUUUCCAAAGCUUCGCGGCAAAGCCGGUCAAAUUCGGGGAUUGGGAGACGCAAUGAUAGCGAUGUGGAAGCGCUAUGGGGACUUGCACACCCGGGACGGUAUCCGUAUCAAGCUGUUGCUGGAACUCAGCCUGCAAUGCGAUGAGAUCUUGGACUCGCAUUCGCCUGCCGACGGGUACUGGGCACUGCCGCCCCCGAAUGCAGCAGAGUUGGUGCGCAAACAACGACUGCUGGGUCAGCUGUACGUGCAGCUCUCAGAAUCCUAUGCUGCACAGGAGGUCCGGGUGUUCAAUAUGUCAGCCAAGCUGCACUAUUGCCUUCACAGCGCGCUAUGGGCUGACAAACUUCAUCCCCAUUUGGCCUGGUGCUGGCGAGGUGAGGACCUCAUGGGCCGCAUUUCCACCUUGAUUAGCAGCUGUGUGAGCGGCCGGACGGACGUAUCUGCCACCUUGAAGGCGGCAGAAAAGUAUGGGCUGGCUUGCCACUAUAUGUGGUCUGCUGCUGACGGGCCGCGUCGCCUUGAAGGCCGCUAA